UUUUCUAUGCGCCGAAUGAAAAAACUCAAUAUUUUGAGUAAACUCUGUCGAUAUUCGUCGAUUUUUCUGAAGAAGCUUUUGGACUUUGUCACAAUGAGACGACUUUUAACACGAAUCAUAAACCGGGUUCUGCUGACGGAGCCGUUCACACCAGCGAUGGGACUGGACGCAGAAAUACACACACAAGGCCGCAGGAGACUGGUUGUGGGCCUGGGUAACCCGGGGAUGGAGGGUACCAGACACAGCGUGGGCAUGGCGGUGCUCGGCUCCCUCGCCGCCCGGCUCGGUGUGGCUGAGCGUUGGCGUGGCGACAAGCACGUGUCCGGUGAGGUCAUCGUGUCGGAGGUGCAGCAGACGCACGUGGUGCUGCUCCGUCCCAGGCUGCUGAUGAACAUCAACGGGGUCUCAGUGGCCAAAGCAGCUGGAAAAUAUGGAAUCAGACCUGAAGACAUCCUGCUGGUUCACGACGACCUGGACAAACCUCUGGGGAAGAUCUCCAUCAAACAAGGAGGAAGUGCCAGAGGUCAUAAUGGCGUCCGCUCCUGUGUCGACUGUCUGCAGACCGAUGUGAUGCCCAGACUCCGGGUCGGGAUCGGCCGGCCUACAGAGAAAAGGUCCGUGGAGCGUCACGUCCUGGGUCGGUUCUCCUCGGAGGAGAAGAAGAUCCUGGACUCUGUUCUGGUCCAAAGUGUGGACCUCCUGCUCUCCCAGUUCUCCCAGUUCUCCCAGCAGGAGCCCCAGUCCCCCUCCUCGCCUGCAGGGGGCAGACAAGCAGCACGAGAGAGGAGCUCGGCCUCUCCGGCUCCUGAGAGCUGAACUCUGAACUCUGCUUCAAUAAGAAAAAGAGAAAUGAUGAAACUUUACAGAGACGAGUUUUUACUCUUCAGUGGAGAGUUUAAAACAUGUGAAGGAGAUGAAACAUGUUUUAAGGAGAGCAGGAGCAGACCCCCCCCCCC